UUUUCUUUUGAUGGGGAUGGGGGGUUAAUUCAAUAGAGAGAGGUGAAUAAAGGAAAGAAUUUUUUAUGCUUUGAUCUUUAUGUCUGUGCAUACACUUUAAUCUUUAUAAACGGUGGGGGCGUUGUUGAAUAAUUUUUUUUCUCUUUUUCCUUUUUAACUGGAGAUGAACUACCAUUUUAGUAGAUCCAUGUAAAUGGAAGGCUUUUCAGUCUCUGUGUUCCCUUUUUUUGGUAGGUGCUCUCGGAUUCGGAAACUGUGAAGUGGUUGAACCAUGCUAUUGAAAAGAUAUGGCUUGUCUGCGUGGAAGAUAUAAUUUCUCAGAAAAUUCUUCUCCCAAUUGUUCCAUGGUUUCUACAAAAAUAUAAACCUUGGACUGUGAAGGAUGCUGUGGUUCAGCAUUUGUACUUGGGAAGAUCCCCACCUAUAUUCACUGAAAUGAGGGUGCUUCCGGAAUCCAAUGGUGAUGAUCACUUGGUGUUGGAAUUGGGAAUGAAUUUUCGUACUGCAGAUGAUAUGAGUGCUAUAAUUGCAGUGAAACUGACAAAAAGAUUGGGUUUAGGACUGCGGGCAAAGUUGCAUUUGUUAGGCAUGCAUGUUGAAGGAAAGGUUUUGAUUGGGGUAAAAUUCCUUCCCUACUGGCCUUAUCUUGGGCGUUUGCGGGUAUGCUUUGCGGAGCCACCGUAUUUUCAGAUGAUUGUGAAACCUAUAUUCUCUCAUGGCCUUGAUGUUACUGAACUUCCUGGGAUUGCUGGAUGGAUAGAUAAUCUGCUGGCUCUUGCCUUCGAACAAACUCUUGUGCAGCCCAAUAUGCUGGUGGUAGAUGUCGAGAAAUUUGCUUCACCUCAAAAAGAAAAUUGGUUCUCAAUUGAUGCCAAGGAGCCUAUUGCCUAUGCCAAAGUGGAAGUUCUUGAAGCUGCUGACAUGAAGCCAUCAGACUUAAACGGGUUGGCUGAUCCAUAUGUUAAGGGUCAGCUUGGCCCUUACAGAUUUCGGACCAAGAUUCAGAAGAAAAAUUUAUCUCCAAAAUGGUACGAGGAAUUCCAGAUCCCUAUCUGUACAUGGGAAUCACCAAAUGUGCUCAUCAUCGAAGUUCGUGAUAAGGAUCAUCUAUUUGACGAUGAAUUGGGAGAUUGUUCUGUAAACAUCAAUGAUCUAAAGGAUGGCCAGAGGCAUGACAUGUGGUUGUCCCUUGAGAACAUAAAAAUGGGAAGAUUGCAUCUUGCAAUAACUGUGUCCGAAGCCAAUACAAAGCGUGCAGAAAACACAUGCGACGCAGAAGGUUUUGACGAUGAGCACAGGGGAAAUUCAGUCGCAGCUGAUGCUGCUCAGAGAGGCUCCUCAUCUAGAUCAUCUGAGAAGUCCCCGAAAGUUGCAGACAAGUUUGAGCCGAUUGACAUUGAAGGGCAACGAGGGACUGGGAUUUGGAUUCAUCAGCCAGGUAAUGAGGUUGCACAAGUGUGGGAGCCACGAAAGGGGAAGAGUAGGCACCUUGAAACUCAUCGCCUUGAUGGACAAGUUCAGGCCGAGGGUGGUGAUUCAAUUGGCUCCCGAGCAUCGACCUCCAGUAGCAUUGAUGAAAGUGUAGAUGCUAAAAGGCCACGUUCAAUAAAUCCAGUUCGACAGGGUUUACGAAAGCUCAGCUCAGUGUUCCACAGGAGCCCACGAACCCCACGAACCCUACAAACCGAGGAGAAAUCCAAGUGUCUCAUUGAGCCCGAGCCUGAGCCUGAGCCUGUAUCAUCUCCUCACGCUAACAUUAGGGCCUUAAAUAGCAAGGAUAUUGGCGUGAAAUUGAUAAUAGAUGAUACUGUUGCUACUCCAUAUUCUGCAAAGGCUCUAAUAGAGAAAGAGAGUCGAGAGCCAAGUGCGCUGGACAGCCCACUAGAAGUGCAUGCGAAGGAUAUUGAUAAAGGCAUAUUGAAGCAUUCUGGAAAAAGCUUGAAAUCCACCUUUUCACGGAAAGAAUCAAGGAUAUCUGAAACUGACUCGGGAUCAACACCAUCAGAUAAUGACAAUGCUUCACAUCAUGAUUCUUCUGAUGACUCGUCUCUUCUAUCAUCAACAGACGUACCAAUUGGGGUUACUAGUUUAGUUAUUCCAGGUUCAAAUGUUUCUGUUGCAGCAUCUCGUUCUGACAAUAACUCUUUCAAGACCAAGGACAAUAUCAAUCAUAUGGAAGCCCUUUAUGGUUCGAAUUCUUUCAAGUCUAAGGAUGAUAUUGUUCAGACUCAAAAUGAGCCGACAGUAAACAAGUAAUAUGGAACAGAAAAGUCAUUCUAGAAGGAAAUGAGCCUACAUAAAUAGUAUGGACCAAAAAACGGAAGUCAUUCCAAAAGAUUGUGAGACAAUAAGCUGAUAAUCAAUCUGAAAAAACGAUCUGGUUUAGUCAUAGAUAUGACGGAGUGGAUUAAGUUGUUAGAAUACUUUGAGAAGGUUUGUGCAGUAACAUGUUCGGAUUGAAAUGCCUUAGGUAAUCGUUUUGUUUUGUUUUUUUUCCCCUUUUGUUUGCGUACGCUUUUAGCCGAUUGUUUAUGUUGUUUUGUUGUUAUUUCAGGUGUAUAUGGUGUUCUAUAUGUUGAUUUUUCUUAGCAGAAGUUUUUUCUUUCGAGAUGUUUGUGCAGUAAUCGUAAAUGUUGCUUACAAAACUUUCUGUAAAUUUGUGCACAUUUGGGGAAACUUGUACUGUAUGUUUCAACAUUCUAUUAGACAUUGCAAUAGGCAAAUGUGAUUAUCACUUUGUUACCUACCUUAUCUAUUUUAACUAGGACAGUAUGUUCCA